AUGUGGAGAGUCCGGAAAAAGGGUUACUUUGGGAUUUGGACAUUUCUUUUAAUAAUAGCAGUGGUCUGUGCACAGAGUGCCAAUGAUCCUAGCAAUAUGUCACUGGUUAAAGAGACGGUGGAUAGACUGCUGAAAGGCUAUGACAUUCGUCUGAGGCCAGAUUUUGGAGGUCCUCCUGUGGCUGUGGGCAUGAAUAUAGACAUAGCUAGCAUAGAUAUGGUAUCAGAAGUCAAUAUGGACUAUACUCUGACAAUGUACUUUCAGCAAGCUUGGCGAGAUAAGAGGCUGUCAUAUAAUGUAAUACCCUUAAAUCUCACACUGGACAAUAGAGUAGCGGAUCAGCUCUGGGUACCUGAUACUUACUUCCUGAACGACAAGAAAUCAUUUGUGCACGGGGUGACUGUCAAGAAUAGGAUGAUCCGUCUGCAUCCUGAUGGGACUGUCCUUUAUGGCCUCAGAAUUACAACCACAGCUGCUUGCAUGAUGGAUUUGCGCAGAUACCCCCUGGAUGAACAAAACUGCACCCUGGAGAUUGAGAGCUAUGGCUAUACAACUGAUGACAUUGAAUUUUACUGGCGUGGAGAUGAUAAUGCAGUGACAGGAGUAACAAAGAUAGAAUUGCCACAGUUCUCUAUUGUUGAUUACAAACUGAUUACCAAGAAGGUUGUUUUCUCUACAGGUUCUUACCCCAGGCUGUCCCUCAGUUUCAAGCUUAAAAGAAACAUUGGAUACUUCAUCUUACAGACCUACAUGCCCUCCAUUCUAAUUACUAUUCUCUCUUGGGUUUCCUUCUGGAUUAACUAUGAUGCCUCAGCAGCACGAGUAGCUUUAGGAAUUACCACUGUACUUACAAUGACAACCAUCAAUACUCAUCUUCGAGAAACUCUUCCCAAAAUUCCUUAUGUGAAAGCCAUUGACAUGUAUCUUAUGGGGUGCUUUGUCUUUGUGUUCAUGGCACUGCUCGAGUAUGCACUGGUCAACUACAUCUUCUUUGGUAGGGGACCCCAGCGUCAAAAGAAAGCAGCUGAAAAAGCUGCCAAUGCCAACAAUGAGAAGUUGCGCAUGGAUGUCAAUAAGAUUUUUUAUAAAGAUAUUAAACAAAAUGGGACCCAAUAUCGAUCUCUGUGGGACCCUACUGGAAACCUCUCCCCAACUAGACGGACUACCAAUUACGAUUACUCUCUGUAUACGAUGGACCCCCAUGAAAAUAUCUUACUGAGCACCCUUGAAAUAAAAAAUGAAAUGGCCACCUCUGAAGCAGUGAUGGGACUAGGAGACCCAAGAAGCACCAUGUUGGCUUAUGAUGCUUCAAGUAUCCAGUACCGAAAAGCUGGCUUGCCCAGACAUAGUUUUGGCCGAAAUGCCCUGGAGCGACAUGUGGCACAGAAGAAGAGCAGACUACGGAGACGUGCCUCCCAGCUGAAAAUCACCAUCCCCGACUUGACUGAUGUAAAUGCCAUAGAUCGAUGGUCGCGCAUAUUCUUUCCUGUUGUUUUUUCCUUCUUCAAUAUUGUCUAUUGGCUUUAUUAUGUGAACUAAAAAGUAGCAUCUCAUGGGAACAAAAGACUGGAUUUCUCUUCAAACUGGUUGUACAGCCAAAAGUGGGACUUGGAAAAAUAAUCUUUUCAGGAAAAAAUGAUUUUAAAACACCUUAGUUGCUGGCCUAUCCUAUGAUUCAUUUAAUUCUAUUUGGAUUGCUUCUGCUAAACAUUUCUCCAUGCUAUAAUCUAUGUAAUUUUUCCCAUUUAAACAAGAAGUGCAUUUGGUGCAUGAUGGCCAAAUUCACUUCUGAUAUGAUGCUUCCAUUUUAUCUGCUUAGAACUCACUCAACCUAUUCAAGUGGGAAAGUAUUGGGGAGAUAGUCUUAAUGAAGUGUAGUAGCAAUGGGAGUCAUUUCCUUGUGUAAUGGGCAUGUGUUCCACAGUUUGAUUUCUAAAAGAAGGAAAUAUGUCAAACUGAUAUUAUACUUAGGGAUCAUUCACAGUUCACAGAGAAUACUUUCAACAUAAGUUGAAAGUAGUACUGAAGAUCAUAAAGUAAUGUUAGGGUGCUGAUGUUGAUGCUGAUAUGAUGAUGGGUUACUAUUUCCUACCAUUUUGCAAAGGUUUUAGUUUGUUCAGUGAUAAAGGAGAAUGGUUUGACACUCAGUGCCACCCUUGCAAGUAAGAAGAAAGUCAAUCUGGUAAAUCAGGGAAAUCAAGGUUUCCUUUUGUAGUUUCACUAAGUGUUGGCAAAGAACUACCAUUAGAACAUUCUGUGCUAAGAAAAAGUAAACUAUUGUGAUGGCAAUGAAAGUGAUGAUGGUGGUGGUAAUGGUGGUAGUUACUAUUGUUUUAAUUGUGAUCUUUGUUUGGUGUGGGGAGUGGGGAGAAUUUGCUGAAGAGGUUGAACAUUUUAUAGGAAAACUGUUUCACAGGUGGCUACAGAAAUUGUUUAUAUCUUGGCCUUUUACGUAAAAGGAAGAGGCUAGUCUUAAAAAAAAAAAAAAAACAAGGAAAAAAACCAGAAAAAGCUUUU